UUCCAUUCUGUUGUAUCAAGAUCGACUGAUGCAUCCGUUUCGUGUCCCGGUGGCCGCCGCCGUGCUCUGCGCAGCCACAAUGCUAAGUGCUGCUCUUGCCACCCACGCCCUAAGCACCACCUCGCCCCCGACGUUGCCUUCAUCGUCCACCUCCUGCGACCCGGCGAUGUGUGGGGGCCUGCGCAUCGAGUACCCGUUCUGGCUCGGCGGCACGCACCCGCCAGAGUGCGGCUACCGCGCCUUCCAGGUCACGUGCGACCGCAACGGCACAGCCUCCCUCAGGAACUCCUUCUGGACGAACCAGAUCCUGGAGAUCAAUUACGGAGACAACAACGGCACCUUCCGGAUCACCAACGCCCAGCUCGCCGACGGCACCUGCGACAUCGAGCUCCGCGUGAACGCCUCCUCCGACCUCAGCCUCGCGCCCUUCACCAUCAGCGCUGCCAACCAGGCGAUCUUCUUCCUCUACAACUGCACAGACCUGCAGGCACAGCCGCCGCCGCUUGCUUGGGCGCCCAUUAACUGCACGAAUGCCAACACGUCCACAUUCAACUCGUUCGCGUUGCUCGCCGGCGGGUACAAGCCCGACGACAAAUGGGAGCCGGUGCCGGGGAGCUGUACUGUGUCGAUGAUGCCCGUGCUGGGGUACCCUGGGGCGACCGGGGCGGACUACCGGCGGCUGAUGAAGAGCGGGUUUCUUCUCGAGUACACGGCUGACGAUUGCAGGGCGUGCGAGGAGAGUGGAGGGCUUUGCCGGAUUAACACCACCUACGAUAUCUUCGGGUGCCUCUGCUCUGACGGCCUGUCUGACCUCAUCAUCUGUGGUAGUUCAGGUAGCAAGAGGACUAGCAAGAUUAUUCUAAUAGGUAUGCUCACACUUUUGCCAUUUUCUCAUGUGUAAUGAAUUAAAUAUUAGUAGUUCACUAGCUGUGAUUUCUAUGUUGAAAUACUACCUUAAAAAUCUAUCAUCUAUGUAAUCAUUGGAAAUUGAUUCUGGAAUUAAAACUUGAAAACAAGCAACUCUCACUUGAGAAAUUUAAACUAUUGAUGGUCUUAGAAAUCUGCUUCAAUCUCAGCUGUGACAUCAGCCGCUGGAGCCUUGCUCUUUACAUGUAUUUAUGUCCUGGUAUGGCGCAAAAAAGGGAAAAGACUAAGGUUUCUCCUUUGCAAGAAGACUAGC